AAAGGUGGUUGUUGUGGUGGUGGUUGUUGCUUUGACCAUAAACACAACCAUAAACAACAAAUGCAAAUACUGCAAAAGCAACUCGAGCGGCCCAUCUUAAGCCAUCUUGACGGAGGGGGUACCCUUACGAACGUGUUAAAAUAUGAUAAUCUAUUGAAAGCACGCUUUCCAAAAAACGCUAAUAUAAAAGCAGCGGGGUCCUGCGGACCUACUCAGGGCCAGCCCUGUGCUGGCCCGAUCCUGGUGCUGCCGACCCUUAUGCUUUGGAGACUGUGGCUAGGCCACUUGAAAGAAGUAUUACUUCUUUCUUCAUGCUUGCCAACAUCCAUUCAUUCCCACCUGUUCCCGAGCAACUCGAAUGCUUCGGUGCUGGCACGGCCCGCGUUCUGAGCCACCUCGUUCGGCAUGCCAUGCAGGGCCACGGCCAUAGGCCUGGAAGGCGAAAGCCUUAGCUGAUGUUGUUCUGCGUGCAAUUGUGGCCGGAGAGCGCCACCCCUCACCAUUGUUGUUUUGCGCGCGCGUGUGGCCGGAGAGGGCGCCAGAUGGCAGCCUCGAAACGCAGUAGAGCAAGGUUGGCAAAGCCAAAGGUUAACGUAAUUCUGCUCGGUCACACUCGGGCAGGAACGCUACCAUGCUCGCAUAGGCCCUUGAUGUCGGACUACAACUUGCUAUGCUAGUGGCAAAACAUAGCGAAGAUCUUUGAAAGCGGAGCUAUGCAAGGUGGAUUUCAAGUGGCUUUAAUCUCAUAGUCAACUUCUUGUACUUCUGAGGCCAACAUGUUUGCUCGUGCAUGGAAGUGCUGCAUCUUUGACCCAAUACUUGGCCCUGGCGGAGGCUUUGAAGACGCUGGGCUAUGGUGUAGUGUGCUAUGACUGGCUGGGGUGUGGCUUGAGCGACAAGCCGGAUCAUUGGGAAUCAUAUGCUUUUGACGAGCUUCUUUACGACCUAAAAGCGAUUUGGGAUGCGAAGUGGCCUGGGAAAUAUUUCGUAGUGGGACACUCCUUUGGAAGCCACUUGGUUCUUCGGCUUGGGGCAAUGUUGGCAGACACCAUGUUGGCCGGAGACACCAUUGCUGGUUUGAUUCUGUUGGGAGCAGCAAAGCAGUUCCCUGAAGGCCAUCCAAUCUUCCGACUCCCAGUGUUUGUCCUGCAGUGGCUGCAGCCGAGCCUUACAAAGGCCUUCUUGCAGAUGGCGCUUGCUUCCAAUGAUCCAGAGCUUAUUCAGCAGGAGACGGAUGGCUGCAAUGCGAAUCCCAUGUACAUGUGCAAAGCCUAUUACAGACAGGUGAGAAAUGUCAGUGAUGACGAGAUUGCCAAGUGCCGCAGUCUUCCCAGUUUGCUGAUUAGAGGUGGCCAGGAUGGCAUUGUCUCUGCCUCGGACGUGGAGGCCCUUGCUGUAGCAAUGCCACUGGCACAGAUGAAAACUGUGGCGAAUGCUGGCCACGUCCCGAUGCUAGAGGAACCGGGCAAGGUGGCAGAACUGAUCGACGAGUUCAUCAAGUCCAUCUGAGGUUUGAAAUCGCUGUAGCAGUAGCAUGUAUUCGAUCAGGCCUUUUUGAAACCCAUCUUGAAGGCCACAUUUAUCCUGAUCAAUUGGGGUAAAUUAAAUAGUUUUCACUUGUCACUUGGUCCCUCAAAACAUGGAGGGUCUGCAAAUUUGAUUCAACAAGUGGAAA